CAUUUAUUUUUUCCUCAGCCACUGACUAGAACUAAAACUAAAACGUUCACCGUUAUGUCCAAUGUUGUUUCCUCUGGUGUAGUUCGUCUCUCUCGGCCUCGGGAGCGCGCAUUUACGGAACGGAAGCGGAUGAACUUUUUCAUUAGGAUAAAUAUAAGAAACCCCUAACGUUGGUGGCUGAUUUGGCAAAAUUUGGCAAAAUUUUCAGCGCGUGUUUAAUACAUUUUUAUAUAAAGUUGAUGAUUAGUUUAUUUUUAUUACGGGAGGUUGAGGCUUUAUCAAGAUAAAUGAUGAGGCUGAUCUGCUGCUGCAGUGUCCCAUUCCUGCUCCUCCUGAUUCCCGGAGCCUGCGAAGGCGGGAACAUCUUGGCGAUUCCCACUGAAGGCAGCCACUGGAUCAACAUGGAAGUUCUCCUUAAGGCUUUGCACUCCAGAGGACACAACAUUACCGUUGCACAUUCCAGUAAAAGCUGGUUUGUGGUGAAUAACUCCUCCUUUUACAGCACCCUCACCGUUCCUGUGGAAAGAGGCGUAGAGAGAGACUUUGUACAGGAACUCUUGCUCCAGAUGAUAAAAUUCCAACGGGGGACUCUUCCCUUGACCACUGUUCUCCAUUUGGUAGCUAGCAUGUUCAGCAAAAUGUCAGAACUUCACAGAAACAUUGGUGAAUUUGUCCCUGCCCUGCUGGAUGACCCAGGUUUGGUUAGGAAAUUACACGAUGGGAAGUUUGACCUGGUUCUUACUGACCCCAGCUGGGGCAACGGAGUUAUUGUAGCCAAGUAUCUGAAUCUACCCCUGGUUUAUAACGUUCGCUGGUUAAUACCAGAAGAUGCUCAAUUAGCCAUCGCUCCUUCACCAUUAUCAUACAUUCCUAUAGUACAAUCUGGUUUUACUGAUAAAAUGACAUUCUUUGAAAGAGUAGUGAACAUGCUGUUAUAUCUGGUGGGUCAAAUACAAAUGGUUUUAGCGAGUAAACUAGCUUACCAGCCUUUAUGUGAAAAAUAUCUUGGUCCUGAUCACGACUUUGAUCAGAUUAAGAUUGAUGCAGACAUCUGGCUGAUGAGAACCGAUUUUGUGUUCGACUUUCCUCGUCCCACAAUGCCUAAUGUUGUGUACAUGGGGGGCUUCCACUGUAAAGAUCCAGAACCACUUCCUGAACACUUGGAGGAGUUUGUCCAGAGUUCUGGAGAACAUGGGUUCAUCAUCAUGUCUCAUGGGGCCUUUGUCAGCAAACUUCCUGAUGACGUGGCUGAUGAGGUCGCCGCAGCCUUCGCUAAACUGCCUCAGAAAGUCAUCUGGACCUACAAAGGUAACAGACCCACCACUCUGGGAAACAACACUCUCCUGGUUGACUGGAUGCCACAAAAAGACCUUUUAGCACACCCGAAAAUAAAACUGUUCGUAGCUCACGGUGGAACGAAUGGAGUCCAAGAGGCCAUCUGUCAUGGGGUCCCACUGCUAGGCUUGCCUUUGGUUUUCGACCAAUACGACAAUCUGCUCCGUGUGAGACAGAAGAGAGCCGCUAAAAUUCUCUCCUUGAGUACCGUGAACGAAGAUAACUUCCUGAAAGGUCUACAAGAAGUCCUGACCGAGCCGUCCUACAGGACCAACAUGCAGAGACUCUCCAGGCUGCACAAGGACCAACCGAUGAAGCCGAUAGACACCGCCCUCUUCUGGAUCGAGUUUGUCAUGAGGCAUAAAGGAGCUGCUCACCUGAAAGCCCAAUCCUACAAAAUGCCCUGGUACAUCUACCACUCUGUAGAUGUAGUCCUCUUCCUGACUGGAGUAACUUUGCUCGUGGUUUUUACUCUCAUCCUGUUCAUCAGGUGUUUCUGUAGCGCCGUGUGCAGACGCAAAAUAAAGCGUGAAUAAUGAUUGGAUAUAUUAUGUUGGGCUGCAGCCAUCAAAUAUUUUACAGAAUCCUCUGUUGAUUAAUCGAAUAAUCUUUGUGACGACAUUUGAAGUGAAACCAGAUUGGUCCGCUGCCAAUAACAUGAAAAUAGAACAACAAAAUUCACCAAUACUUCAGUAGUAUUCUAGGUUUGUAUUAGUAUCACUCAUCCUAGUAAAAAUAACACAUCUAAAUAUAUCCAUGUGCUAGCAUUAGCCAGUCUGCUCCUAGUGUCACUCGAUGCCAUCCUUUGGGCCGUUUCUGCCUUUUACCUGCCUGGUUUGGGUGUUUUUUCCUCCACAGCACCUAGGUUACCACAUUGUGCUUCAGGAAGACGUGUCCAGACUGCAGCGCACAUUUAAAAAAAGCUAAUCAGGAAAACAUGAUGUGAAGAAUUUAAUGAAUCAAACUGUUCAAUAAUUAAUUUCAACCCUAUCAAUAUGUGUGGCCUUUUGCCACUAAAUGCAAUCAUUUUGAGACGUUACUACUGUCCUUUUCUAUUUGUUGGCUGCCCAAGUCCCCCAUAGCUCGUCUGCAGCUAGUUCAAAACUCUGCAGCCCGUCUCCGGACAAACACAUGCAGGUGGAGCCAUAUUACUCCCAUUCUCUCAAAGCUACACUGGCUCCCGGUGUCUUUCUGAGUAGAUCACUGUUCAAGAGUAUCCACGGCCUCGGUGCUGCCCACCUCUCUGACUCUGUCUCUACGUAAGCAAGCACCAGCUACGAGGUCAAUGGGCAAGGUCCUUCUAGAACUUCCACGUUCUAGAUAUAAACACUCGUAUUCAGUGAUGGCCCCUUCACUCUGGAACAAACUCCCCGACGACCUGCGCACUUUCAAAUCAAAGCUUAAAACGCAUCUAUUUCAGCAGGCAUUUUAUUAUCAGGGAUUUUCUGGUAGCCACCCGCUCUUUUAUUCUUCCUUUAGCCUUUUAUGAUUUGUGUUUUUACUUAGUUUUUGACUACGGUUUUUAUCUUCUAUCUUUUAUUGUAAUCUCCAUAUUUCAUGGGCUGCAUGGUGGCACAGUGGUUAGCACUGUUGCCUCGCAGCACGAAGGUUGCAGGUUUGAAACUCAGCUGCGGCCUUUCUGCGUGGAGUUGCGUGUUCUCCCCAUGCAUGCGUGGGUUACCUCCGGGUACUCCGGUUUCCCCCACAGAUCACAACAUGCCCUACAGGUUAAAAAAAAAUUGUAAGUCGCUUUGGGUAAAAGCGUCUGCUAAGCACAUAAACGUAAACAUUUAGGCUCUAGGUCUUAUUUUAUGUAAAGCUCACAUCUCAGAGCAUCGAUACGGGUUCUACCACUCUUCUAAUGAGAACAUUUGGACACAUUUCUUCUGAAUGUGGUUCUCCGGCUGCUCAGCAGGAGAACCCAGCAGACCACCUCCCCUCCCUAAGGACGGUACAGUUGACCACAGAAUAUGGUCAGGGACUCAUCUCACCCCGUUACGCUCUCUGACCUCAGGCAGAGUUCAGAAAGUUUACAGCAAAAACUAAAACACACUUUGUGCACCGACAACAUCCGUGCAGGAAGCAAUGCUACUUUACACACUUCUAAUAUCUACAUGAUGUGUUGAUGGAAGCUUUGUAAGGUCAUUUCUAAUUGUUUUUGUUUUGUAACAAAGACUUUAUUUUCUAAUAACAAGUCAUUCCUUUGUGUUUCUGCACUAUGAGCCAAAGUGCACGUGAGCUAUUACACACCUGUUUGAUCAGGCUGAUGUUUCACCGACUGUAAUCAGUAAACAUGUCAUCACUGUUCAGUCUGCACAGUUUGUUGCUUUUUAAGAGAGUUAGCAUGAUUCGUGGGGUUAGAGGGCAUCCGCUCCUUAUCUCUGUGUUAAAUGGACUCUGAAUUUACUCGAGUGCGGUAAAGUACAACACUAACAUGACUUUUCUUAUCUGGAUCAGCCAGACUGUCGUGCAGGAAACCCUCAAAGUUCAGGUUAAACUGGUUUGAAGCAGAAUACUUGUGAGAAAUGCCAAGUUUGUUAACGCUGACCCAUUUCUAACCUGGUUUGGAAAAGGUUCAUGACACAUCACUGUUUCCACAUGCCUACCCCCCCAACACACACACAACGACAGCAUGCAAAAAGUCUGGGAUUUUUGCAUAUUUACUGAAAUAAUAAUAUAUCAUUAUGCAGGACAGACAUUUAUGAUGCAGGAUUAUGCAUCACUCAGUAUGUGUUUAAUACUUGUGUACUACUGGUUUACCCAGCAUGUCUGUGUCCCCUACAGUGUGCUGCAUACUUCUGGAACCCGGGUUUUUCAUUCUCCGUGGUCGAAGGUUACAAUACUAGUGUACUGCCUAUGUGUAUAUGUACAUGUACCUUUGCUAUUACUAUACCAAGUGUUGGUGCUGCUGUAACAAGUGAAUUUCCUCACUGUGAGAUCAAUAAAGUCUAUUCUACUA